UUUAUCAGAGGUACAACCAUAGCCACAGUCAUAGCCAUGUACUGCACAGGCUUCACUCUAUUGACUGUCAGCAUUUCGCUGGCGGCGUCGCUGAACACCAAGGCGAAGUCGUGGACCUACACGCUUCAUGAAACCAGCUGUCGAAGCAACAACGAGAACAUCGUCAAGCUCGACACGCGCAUCGAACGCAUGGGGCGUAGCGACUUUGGCUUGAGUGGAUCGUUGGCUAUUUCAGUGCCGGUGCCCCAAGACCUGGAGGUGGAAGUUCUUUGCUUUCGAAGCACGGAUGGGGGCGCCAACUAUAAGCUGCAGCCGUAUUCGCUGCCACGCCAGGGAAUCUAUGAGGCCAUGAACAGCUUCUACAAGGAUAUGAUCAUGGAAAGUGCCGCCAACUGCUCGAAUUUCCCCCAGUUCACCGAAAAACUUAAGGUGAUCGAGGCGCAGACAUUCAAAUACGAAAAGUGCCAGGUUAGUACCGAUGGAUUUCCCCAGUACGUGCCCGAUGGCUGGUACAAGCUGAACUUUGUCACAUAUGGCAUGGUCGAAAUCGUUUGGGAACUAAUCCUUACCAUUGAAAAGAAGCCCUUCUAGAUUCUGAUCUCUUAAUCUUUGAAGACUACAAUGAGCUUUUUAAAUUUAAACUAAAUUAGGAAACAGUUUUUUUUUGUUUUGUUAAUAUUACAGAAUCUUUCAGAAGUCCAAGUUUAGUUUUUUCGAACGGCUUUGUACAGUAUCUUAUGAGAUGAACUUAAUAAAGAUUCUAGAUAAAUGCUAUUUCCCCCGAAUGAUGU